AUGCAGCAAUCACAACUCUAUCCUAAGGGUUAUCUUCCUGUACAUAGCAUGGCCACACCUACGUCACAUUACUCAGGUUUGGAAAUCCAGCAUCAUUUACAAAGCUCUCACUCUGUAUUGACCUCGACAUUCCCUGGGAAACCAGAUCACGAGUUGACUUCCACCAAGCAAAACCUUUACGAUUAUGGAAGGUUUGAUUUCAAUUCUCAAUCACUACCACAACGAACCUGUGAAACUUGUGGCAGUCAGUAUCAAUGUACUCGAGCUACUGAUGCUCAAGGUUCAGCAUCACCUUUGCUAGAGGUCUGUGACCGUUGCCUAGCCAAUACUUUAGCUUAUACCAACAACCCAACCAACACGAGAUAUUCUGCCAGCCAUUGCCCUCAAACACCAUCUUUCUCUCCGCCUUCGAGGUUCACUGGGUAUGGCUCAAGUCCAAACUACUCCAACCAAUCUGCCAUAGUUCCUUCCCCCAAUGUCAAUUACCCGUAUCAGAAUAACGACCUUCUCAACGCAUCACCGCAGAGGGCCUUUAAGACACCUGUUGCACCAUCUUCUAACCGCAAUGGUUCAGCUCGCUCCAAUGCAUCAAAGUCUUCAACAUCAUCCCCAGUUACCUCUCAUUCAGCCGCUUCGGUGACGGGCAAGGAAAGCUUCGAGACCGCUAGCAAACGUCCACAUGCAAGAGGCUACAUCACGACUCUAGACGCUCGACUUUCUAGAUUGGAAGUCAUGCUUGGAGACCUUGUACCCAACUCUUCUGAUCAAUUGGGAUCCAAUGCCGCCAAAAUUUCAAACCCGAUUGGAAACGUCAAGCCAAGCGAGACAAGGGAAGCGAUUCCGAGUAGCAAACGAAGAGAAAAAUCUCGCAACGAGUCAGCUCUCGAACGCCCAAGGAUGCGUUACUCGCCGCAAGACCAAUUGAUCGUGAUUCAAGUAGGCUCUAUGGUACUGAUUCUAGAAAACUUUCUAUCGGAAGAGAAUUAUCAACCAUCCACAUCUUCUCUGGAAGAAGAAUCUAAAUAA